UAAAGAGUAAUGGAGCGCAUUAAAGCGACGCAUCUUGUUGUUUGUUUGCUGUUUCUGACGCUCGUGGUGGAUUUAGGAUUCGCAUUCAGAUCGAAUCAGAACAGUGAAUUCACUUUCCUUCUGCCUGCCGGAGCAACCGAGUGCUUCUUCCAAACAACCUUCAGGAACAGCAGCAUGGAAGUCGAGUACCAGGUCAUUGCAGGCUCAGGGCUGGAUGUGGGUUUCACUCUGAUCUCUCCCCGUGGCUACAGACUGAUCUCCGACUUCAGAAAAUCAGACGGUAUCCACACGGUGGAACCCACAGAGGAGGGUGACUACAGAAUUUGUUUCGACAACAGUUUCAGUCGUAUGUCAGAGAAGAUGGUGUAUGUGGAGGUGAUUGUGGAUGAAUCUGAUCAGGAUGAUGAAGGCUGGGCUGGUCUGGCUGAACCUGAAGACACACUGGAAUACAAACUGGAGGACAUUCGGGUACACAAUUCACAUUCAUCUUGAUCAUCUGAUUUCAUUUAAUGGAAAUUAUAAUGCAGAUGCUCUCAUAAAUGUCAUAUAGUGGGUGUGGUUUACCAUGGGGCAGGGCUUUAAUGGUUAUAUGUGUCAUCUUUAAUCACACAGGAAACAAUGGAUGCUGUACACAGAAACCUCGAGCGAAGCCGUCAGAUCCAGGCGAUGUUGCGAGCGCUGGAGGCUCGUGACCGUUACCUGCUGGAGGAUAAUCUAUGGCGCGUUUCAUUUUGGUCUGGUGUCAGUCUGCUGGUCAUGGUCAGCGUGGCCCUCACUCAGGUCUACACGUUACGCAGAUUGUUUAGUGACAAACACAGAGUCUGCACGUAGCGCAGAUAUAGAGAUGAACUUAAAAAAGACUCAA